AUAACCAUUCUUGUGUUCACAUGGUCACAUGCCUCCAUUUCUUUCGACUCCGUAUUUUUUUUUCCUUUUCAUUCAAACGUAAAUACUUUCGAAAAAUUUCUUUAUUUGGAACUACAAUAUAAUUGGUGCAAACAAUUCCACUAUAAAUUCCCCCAAACUAAACCAAACGUCACUAUAGAGCCAACCAUUGGCAAUGGAUUCAAAAACACCACUGUCACUUGCUCUAUUUCUCUCCUCAACCCUACUUUCCUUCACUCUAGUAAGUGGGUGCACCACUGGUUGCCCACACAACCCGAACCCGAAUCCGAACUCAGCCGAAGGACACUGCCCUAGGGAUGCCCUAAAGUUAGGGGCAUGUGCCAAUUUGCUGAACGGAAACGUGGGAGCCGUGGUCGGGACCCCACCCGACUCGCCACAUUGUUGCUCGGCACUCGGCGGCCUGCUGGAUCUGGAGGCCGCCGUGUGCCUCUGCACGGCGUUGAAAGCCAACGUUCUCAGGAUCAACAUUGACAUUCCCAUCUCACUCAGUCUUCUUCUCAACACUUGUGGCAAACAACAACCCCCUUCUGACUUCAUUUGUGCCUAAUAAGGCUUCUUCCAUCUUGGUUGGGUCAAGUUAAAUUAAAUGGGGUUUUUUUG